AUGGAGUCGCUUUACAACAAUAAGAGUUCAAAAAUUGUAAAACUGAACAGUCAAAACGGUGGCGUAUCGCCAUUGAUGAUGAAAUUUUUAGGCUCCAACUCAGCUUCCAGUUGCAGCUCCGGUUCACGUUCGCGUUCUUCAGUGGAUCCAUUCUCUCCUCUUUGCGGUAACAGUAACAGUAACAGUCCUCUGUCAGGAGUUUUUGAUGAAGAUGAUGUGUUGGUGAUGGAUGGCAUUACGGUAAAUUCACCAUCUUCUGGAAGUAACAGUGCUGAUUUCUACAAGACGGAGUUAUGCAGGUCUUGGGAAGAUCUUGGGAAGUGUCGCUUUGGUAUUAAGUGUCAGUUUGCUCAUGGAAAAUAUGAGCUCCGUCCAACUCGUUUCUCCAGUAUCAAGAAUAAAUCUGAGGCACAGAUUUGCAAGGCAUACAUUACAGGAUCAUGCGUGUACGGCGCCAAGUGUCGUUUCGUUCAUCCGGUCAUCAAGACUCGGAUUGCAGCUACCAUGGUGCCUGAAAAGACCACCACCACCAAGACCUCCAUAAAUCCCAUUACUUUGAAGCUUGGAGAAGGCAGUCAGAAUCCUAGCUCAAGCACCACCAAAGAGAACUGGUCGCCCCUUGACGAUGGCAUUGAGGUUGCAUCGUUGCCUUCCCGUUCGGAUAAUCUGUCGAGGGAAAAGAUUGAUGCAUAUAUUGAUAGUGUUCUAUAUUGUCCUUCUGCUAGGAAGAGGUUGGCAGUGUUCGCUGAUAUUUGCCCUGACUAA